AUGUCUACCCUUGUUCUACCUCCUGUUCCUCCUUCCCCUAAAGACGAUGUCGUUCAGCUUCACAGUGCUUUCAAAGGUUUUGGGUGUGAUGCUAGCGUUGUUAUCAAUAUACUUGCUCACAGAGACGCUGCUUAG